AUGGGAUUUCUACAUAUUCCAACUUUCAUGGACCGUUUCACGAACCCCGAAAGACUAUAUUUGGAGCAAUCAGGGCUCAUAUAUGCUAUGUGUGCCCUAGCUGCACCGUUCUACUAUGCAGACACUAUUGGUGCUGGCGUCGAGAAUCAUCAGAGCAACACGCAAUUUUUUGACGCAGGAAAAGGGUGGGCUGAAGCCGCAAGAGAACAUCUGUUUUCAAAUUUUGGCCAGCCGGGAAUUGAAUAUCUCAUGACAGAGGUACUUCUGCAUGAGCAUUAUCUGCGCAUCGGUGACUACGCCAAGGGAUUCAUGAUUUCUGGACAGAUUGCCCGACAUCUACAAAUUCUGCAACUAAACAUUGAGAACGACUCUGAUAUCCUAUGUCGGAAAACCUCUACGGUGUGUGCCUCUAAAGAGACUAGAAGAAGGCUUGUCUGGGCCUGCUAUCUUCUUGACGCAUUGAUUGAAUGUGGAAUCGAUCAACUGCGACUGAUCGUGCCUGAAGAUAUUCAUGUCCAGUUGCCCUGCUUGGAAGAGCUUUUUGUCAGAAAUACUCCCCGCAUUACGGAAAUGCUUGCUGAAGGCAAAUUACUUCCAUUCAUCGAUCCAACACUUAGCACCGAGACUUCAGCCAAUCUCGAUAUGCGCUCCUUUUACAUUCGUGCGAUGGCUAUUCGGUCCAAGCUCCUCAAGUUCGUGAAGCAUUUGGACAACGAAGUGCCUUGGGAAAUCAGUGACAGUUCCAAAUUUUCUCGGCUUGACAAGGAGCUUCGAAACAUGGAGAAUUCGAUUCCUGAAUAUCUGAAAAUGUCGACCGAAAACAUGUAUCUGUUCAAGGCAUCAGGACGCCUGAACUUAUAUUUCGGUUUACAUAUUCUGAUGUCCCAAAAUUUUCAUGAUCUGUACCGUAUUGGUGUCUCGCACCUCGUCUUUCCCAAUACGGCAACACAGUGGAUCCGCGAGAAUGCCCCCGAGGAAUUCAUUCGACAGUGUCAUCAUAUGUGUGCCAGCAAGUCCGUAUAUAUCGCUUCCAUCUUGAAAGAUCUUUGGACCUGUCAUAAGCCCAGCAUUAUUGAUACGCCAUAUGCCAUGCACAUACAAGUCUGCAGCAGCGUCCUCGUCACCACUCUUACAUCCUGGAGUUUCCAUAGUUUCCAUGGCCCACUCCUCCCGGAGUUUGGAUAUUGUGACUAUCAAGAAAUGCUGCAAAACAAUGUUACAAUGUUGCAAUACUUACAGCGCUACAUCAAAGCGGACAUGUACUGUGGUUCGGCCACACAAGCUCUGAGGCGGUUCAAGAAGCUGUUCUCCGCGGAUCCCUCAACUACUAUAAGAGGCUCGUCAAUCAACGAUACAGAUGCCAACAAACGUGCAGGAUAUUCCACUCAACUCCCUCUUGAGCAUGUACUGAAUCCGUUGGGUACGUAUCCAAUGGCUCGGAAGCAGACCCAGAUUCAAGACAAGCCCGGGGCAGAUGCCACUGAAGAUAUACCUGUGGAGGAACCUGAUCAAGCUCGAUCUUUGAAUUCAAUAGCAGUGGAUAUUGAAGAAUUUCCGAGCUCCGACUACAUGUUUCCCAGUCAUCUCCUGGACUGGGAGUCCGAGAUAUCCAUCAUGUCCAGCAUGGGAUAUCCUACAUUUCUUGAAAACCUCUCUGUGGAACUAUGA